GCUUGGACACGCCCACUCGGCUGCACUCGCGGCCAAUCAGAUCUCACCGCCACUUUACACUCAUUUCCUGCUGUUACUGACACAGGGCGCGAGCGGGCGGUGUGUCUGAACGCUUCUGGAGCACCUACAGCGAGGUAAAAAGCAAAACGCCGCGGUAACCUGCAAGAAUUUUUGCUGCAGAUUUGCCCCGCUCACAGGAAGGCCACAGCCGUGCAGACUGCGGAAAGUGGUGUAUGCUGUCUCCCCGCCCGGCUGCAGGAUAGCAGCGCAGUGAGGAGUAAAUCAAAUGUAACCACGGUGCGGAGUGUGCAGCAGCUCAGAAGGUUGGCCUGAAGCUUUGCACGGCGUUUGUGAAUGUUUGCAGGAGCUGUGAGAAUCUGUAAACAUCCUGCGAGUCGAUCAAUCAAUCGAACAAACGGCGCCGGAUUAACGCGCCUGCCUGCCGCGCGCGCACUCUGUGUGCCCGUCCUCUCCUGUGCUGUCCUCAACCAGAGAGACGCCUCUAACCGGGAUUAAUGCCUUCCUGCAUCCCUGCAUGUCCAUAGCCUGCAUUUGUGCGAGGGCCCGACUGUCUGCGGAGUGAGCUGGGCGAGCAGCGGGAAAUGUAAACACUGGCUGUGUGUCGCGGACUGAGUGAGGGAGUGAGGGAGAUGAGCGGCGGGAUGGAGCGCGCGGAGCCGGAAGCGGAAGGAACGCACGGGCCGCAGAGGCUUCGGCCCUCCUCAUACCGCGCUCUGCGCAGCGCCGUGUCCAGCCUAGCGCGCAUCGACGACUUCGUCUGCGAGAAGAUCGGCUCAGGCUUCUUCUCUGAAGUGUUUAAGGUGAAACAUAGAAUGACCGGGCAGGUAAUGGCACUGAAGAUGAACACUCUGGCCAGUAACAGGGCCAACAUGUUGAAAGAGGUGCAGCUCAUGAACCGUCUCAGCCACCCCAACAUCCUCAGGUUUGUGGGAGUGUGUGUACAUGAGGGACACCUCCAUGCUCUCACAGAGUACAUUAAUGGUGGAAACCUGGAGCAGCUGUUGGACAGUGAUGUGUUUCUCUCCUGGGCGGUGAAGAUUUGCCUUGGUCUGGACAUCGCACGAGGACUGCAGUACCUCCACAGCAAGGGUAUAUUCCACAGAGACCUCACCUCAAAGAAUUGUCUGGUGCGUUGGGAGAAUGGCGUUUGCACUGCUGUGGUUGGAGACUUUGGCCUGGCAGAGAAAAUUCCAGACUAUAGUGAUGGCACACAGAAGCAGCCUCUGAGCAUCGUGGGCUCUCCAUACUGGAUGGCUCCUGAAGUGCUCAGAGGAGAGCAGUAUGAUGAAAAGGUGGAUGUUUUUGCCUAUGGCAUUAUCCUCUGUGAGAUCAUUGGUCGGAUUCAGGCAGAUCCAGACUUCCUGCCCCGCACAGAGGAUUUUGGUCUAGAUGUGGAUGCAUUUCAGCCUAUGGCAGGAGAAUGUCCUCCUGCUUUCCUCAGCCUAGCAGUCACCUGCUGUUGUAUGAAGCCACAGAGUCGCCCUCCGUUCUCUGAGAUAGUGUCUGAGUUGGAGAGAAUCAGUGCUGGGCAGCAGGCGGAGCAGACAGGGCCUGUAGAGGAACCAAUUACAUCUAGUUCUAGGUCCCUGAGCGUGAGGAGAUCGUCUUUGGAUGCCAUGGUGGAAGAUCGGUUGUCCCUGAGUAAAUCAGAUGUGUUAUCUCCUGUCCAGAGCACACCAGUACGCGUCAACCCCUUCUCCCAGAGGCAUGACCUCAAUGGUGGCCGUAUUAAACUUUUUGACACACCCAGCAAAUCGGUCAUCUCCCUCACCUUUACCCUUCCUCCACCCCCUGAACCAUGCAGCCCCACCCACUGUGGGAAAGCCCCACCCCGAUCCCAUAGACGCUGCCAGUCUCUGCCCUGCACACCAGAGGACAUCCAGUCAUUAAGGAGUAACCCAGAUGGUGACGCUCACCCAAGCAUAACACCUGCAGAUGCUAAUGAGACGACGGCUUGCGUUGUUAAUCUUCCCAACAUGGACAGUGAUAGUAUGGUGAACAUUUACACAGAGGUUGAACAUGAUCAUGUGUUCAGCGCUCACACAGAUGGUCUGAGUUCAAUGGAGGAACGAGAGAAUGAGCGCAGGAUCAUAAAAGACUCAAUUCAUGAAGAACUGGAAGAGGAGGAUUGCAUGGAGAAGCUAAAGGACUAUGCUCGUCUAGCAGACGACUCUGGUGUUCCCAUAGAUCUUGAGUUAAUGUCCAUAGAUCACCUGACAGAGGUGAGUGUAGAGGAAGCCAUGGACUGCAUCAGCUCCCCCAAUACACCAUGUGAUUCACCCAAACCCUUCACCAAUGGCUGGAGCCCACCUGUAUCAAACAGACCCCCAUUUUUACCUCCUUUACCCGAUUUGGACAACAACAACAGUCCUGUACAACCUUUGAAUCUGCCAGUCAAUGGUAUCCAUGGUGCUACAACCCCUGUGACCCCUCCAGAACAGGAUGAGGUUGUAGCGUGUUCAGGCUGCUGCCUGGCAGGAUUCAGUUUUCCCUCUUUGUGCAUCCGUGGGACACGCCACAACCCAUAUAAGAACUUAAACGGUGAUUCUGCAACGAGGGAGCUGCUGUGCAGAGUGCAGCCACCUUCACCUCCUGCACACAGCACACACACUUAAUGAUGAACUGCAUGAGAGAGGACACUGCACAUUUAUCCUAUGCCUUAAAACCUGCUGCUGUUGCACAUUGCUCAGAGAAAAAGUGUUGAGGAAUUGCGCUGGGGCUUAUUUUGUCCAGUUAAAACGCCCCUUUGUUUAACAUAAUUAUGCCCUUCAAUGGGUUUAAUGGAAACUUUCUCAAGAAAACUGAGAAUAUUGUAAAAAUUAUUUUGAUUACACAGCUGAGCUGUUAAUAACAACUAUAAAAUUAGGAGGUGCUGCACAUUGUAUACCUAACUAUGCCUGUGUGUAUAUUUAAAGAAAGAGACAAAUCUGAUGAGUUGUAAAUUAUUUUAUUUUCUGUAUGGUCUUUAUUGCCUUGCUUUUCUGUAACAGCACCUGAGAAGUCUAUAGAUGAAUGUCAUUGUUAUUGUUUUGAAAAAAAUGGGGAUGUAAAGGUUAAAUGUUAUUUUAUUAAGGAAAUUAAAUUGCAUUAAAAUAUAAAAGAUGA